CAGUCACUACCACCUCAUCUUUUAACCAAACCACAUAUUUAUCCAUCUUAUCCAAACCCAACCAAACCUCCUUUGGUCGGUCCACCAAAAUCAUUAGCUAAAUCUCUCGAUCCAUUCUUUUUAUCACAUUCCGAUCCUUUAGAUCAUACUUUAAACCCUCAUUUCUCUUUAUCUUUCAUCGAUCGAUUAGGUAGGAUCUUACCUCGUUCCAGGACCGGUUUGACUAGACGUAGUCAGAGAAGAAUUGGGAAGAUGGUUAGAAGAGCUAGAAGUAUGGGAUUGGUUUCCAAGUUUGUCAAUUUACCUUCUGUCGGUGGGUAUGGAUAUGAAGGUGGGUAUAUGAGAUGA